CCUGUCGGUAGGGAAAGCAGGAACAACCUUUCACCACUUUAGCCAUUUUAAUCGGAUGUUCUUUUACUUAAGUUAAUCAAUUUGCCGUAACUUAAUUUUACUUACUCAAUAUAAUCAUAUAUUACCAAGGUCAAAACAAAAUACUUGAUAGCAUUAGUCGGAUAAUUUGCUUUUUGGAACCUCUUUAGUUUAAAGGGUACUUUUCCUCAACACCAUGAGCCUGACUGCAGAAAGACAUUCCGUUCCUUUGAAUGAUGGGAACACAAUGCCUCUUAUGGGAAUUGGAACCUAUGCAGACCCAAAGACAACACCAAAAGGAUUGGGCUAUGAGUCUGUAAAGCUGGCAAUUGAUGUUGGAUAUCGGCAUAUUGAUGGGGCCUUGGUCUAUUUUAAUGAACACGAGGUUGGACAAGCCAUUCGAGAGAAGAUCGCUGAAGGAAAAGUCAAACGUGAAGAUAUCUUCUACUGUGGCAAACUAUGGAACACCUUCCACCCACCAGAGCUGGUGAGGCCUACCCUGGAAAGGACCUUGAAAACCCUGCAGCUGGAUUAUGUUGACCUCUAUGUUGUUGAGCUGCCAAUGGCCUUCAAGCCAGGAGACACAUUUCACCCCAGAGAUGACAAUGGAAAAUAUAUUUUUCACAAAACCGAUCUCUGUGCCACCUGGGAGGCAAUGGAAGCAUGUAAAGACGCAGGCCUGACAAAGUCUAUCGGGGUGUCUAACUUUAACCGCAGGCAGCUGGAACUGAUCCUGAACAAGCCAGGCCUGAAAUACAGGCCCGUCUCCAACCAGGUUGAAUGCCACCCGUAUUUCACCCAGCCCAAGCUGCUAGAAUAUUGCAGACAGAAAGACAUUGUGAUCUUAGGCUACAGUCCUUUGGGCACUUCCAGAGAUGAGUCCUGGGUAAACUUAACCAAUCCACCUCUGUUAAAAGAUGAUCUGCUUAUUUCCAUUGGAAAGAAGUAUAACAAGACAGCAGCUCAGAUUGCGCUCCGUUUCAAUGUUCAGCGUGGAGUUGGCGUCAUUCCAAAAAGUUUCAACCCUGAUCGCAUAAAGGAAAACUUCCAGAUCUUUGACUUCUCAUUGACUGAAAAUGAGAUGAAAGCCAUUGAAGGGCUGAACACAAAUGUACGUUUCGUGGAACUUAAAAUGUGGGGUGACCAUCCAGAAUAUCCAUUCCAUGAUGAAUACUAGCCUUCAGGCUUCUCCGACAAUCUGGUGAAAAUGAGAUUAAGAUGUCGUAGACCCAAUGACCCAAUAUCAAUAACCAAUCAGUGGAUCAUCUCAGCUUCACGCAACAUAUUUAUUAGCAUCAGAAUGUUACUUUGCUUUGCGGUAACUGGCCUGUUUUCCAGUAAUAAAUUGUUCUGUAACUGGCCUUUCUUUUGGGGUUUUUUCUUUAGCUUUUUGGAAUGUUUAAUAGUAGACCUGAAGCCCGAAUUGGCCAUGGGUCAGUUUAAAUAGAUGACAUCACCCAGGAGCCAAAUGAGAAUGUGUAAUAAUUCAGCAUGUGUUUGUGAAGUGUAAGCUGUGAUACUCUAAUAGUCAUUCUGAUGAAGUUAUUCUAAUAAACAAAAGAAGUGACAUGGUGGUUUUGUGUAUAAUGUUUCACUAAUAAAAUGCUAAUAAAAUAUAGUGGUCCAACACUCUAUCCAAGA